AUUAUUUAUUUUUUCAGUCAUAAUAAUUGCAUCAUCUCUACAAUUCUUCUUGACUGUAAUAUUGUAUUAUGGUAAGCCUACGAGCCAUUAGAUGCAAAAGUGUCAUACUCUGCAUUUUCUAGUGAAUGUUCAAGUUUUAUAAAUUUUGGUGGGGGAUGGCACAUAAUUCAAAUCGUUUUAUUCCAAGUCCGUGGCUGAGAGCUGCCGAAGCAAACUCUGACACAUAUAAUCACAGAAGCAAUUUUUCAAAUUAUUAUCAACCACCCCUGGGUUGGCCACCACAAAAUAAAUGCUGUAAUAGCUGGGAAGGUAGGUAUCAAACAUACAGAAAUCUUCCAUCUUCAUCUGUCUAUUCAAACACACGAUGGAGCUCAAGAACAACGCCAUCUUAUACUCCAUUUCACCAAAGUGAUUCAAAACGUUCGAGCCAUUAUACCACUCGCCAUAAUAGGAAGGAAUCAAACAAUAGAUUUUUCAAAGGGGAUUAUGAUGGAAGUGCACCAUUCGCAACUCACAGCGUUUCCAAUCACGGAUCAAUGGGCUUUACCUGGAGAAAUUCAGCCCUUGACGGUUGUGUUUCAACUUCAAGUUAUUCGAAUCAUCAAAAAUUCUCUCGGCAACCUGCUCGUCAUUACACCCACAGACGAGAUGAUUCAGACACAUCUUUUCGAAUCUUCAAACGAUCAAAAAAACAUGAACAUGAAAGCCCUCGUUCAAGUGCUGCCCCCACAGAAACGGAAAGUAGCACAGGAUAUGCUUCAUCAAACUCUGAUAUAGAUUGGUCAGAUACUACCAGAUUCCAGAUGGAACGUGAAUGGGAAGAUAUGGAAUCUCCUAAUUGUUUAUGUCGGGAUGCAAUCAGAAGGAAAAAUAAUUUCAGGAUAGUUUCUUAUAAUAUUUUAUCACAGAAACUAUUAGACAUCAAUGAUGGAUUAUAUCGAAAAUGUGAUCCUAACAUAUUACUAUGGGAAUAUCGUUGGCCAAGGAUAAAGUUGGAGAUUGAAAAGUUCAAUGCAGAUAUUCUAUGUUUGCAAGAAGUUGAAGAAUAUCAUUAUAACGAGGAAAUUUUACAUUUUCUCGAAAGUUUGGAUUAUCAAUGUGUUUAUAAGAAAAGAACUGGUAACAAUAAAAAUAAACCUGAUGGAGUUCUUAUCGCUUAUAAAAAAGAAAAAUAUAAAAUGCUUUCUGAGAAAAAAGUGGAAUAUUUCAGGGGUAAUUUUUCUCCGGUUAAUCAAGAUAAUGUUGGUGUUAUAACUUUGUUGAAACCUAUUUCUGCAAACUCUGAAGCUGCUGAUUCUCAUAAUGAAAACAAUUGUAUAUGUAUUGUCAACACUCAUCUUUUAUAUAAUCCAAAACGAGGUGACAUCAAAUUAGUGCAAUUAUCAACCUUAUUUGCUGAGAUCCACAAGAUUAUUUCCAGUUAUCCAUCCAUUAAAAUUCCAAUAAUUAUGUGUGGAGAUUUCAAUAGUACUGCCAAUUCUCAUUUAUUUGAAUUGAUAACGCAACAACAAAUCAAUUACGAAGGAUUGUUGUCAAAACAUGUUUCUGGUCAGAAAGUAGGGCAUAAGGGUAGAGAAGUAUUGCUGCCGGAUCCAUUGCUGCCUGAAUGCCUGAACAUUGCAGAUGAUGGAUGCACACACACAUUAAAAGGUGACAAAUGCCCACAAACACAUACUACCUCUGAGAACGAUGACCGGAAAUCUGUGCCAUUUUUACUACGUCAUAGUCUUGGAACAUUGAAAUCUGCUUAUACUCACGAUAAACCAGAAGCAUCUACUACUCAGGAUCGUGGUAUCACAGUAGACUAUAUUUUCUACUCACCUUGUGCUUGCAAAGAAGGUGCAACAAACUCUUUUACUUCUUUACAAAAUCAAUCGAGUACAUCCAUCUAUCCUCAGAAAAGAUAUGGUCUUGUCGAUCCAGGAGAGUUAAGACGUGUUCGCAGUAUUCCAAACGCAGCUCAUCCGUCAGACCAUCUACCAAUUGUGGUCGAUUUUGUAAUGGUGCAAUCUUAAUUAUUUUUUUAAGUUUUCAAGUAUUAUUCACUUUACCGUACAUUCAUCAAUAUGAGACUGGUUUUAACAAUAGCCAUUGAUAUAUUACAGUUUCCACCACCAUCAUACCCAUGCAUCUGAAAAGAGUAACUGGUUACCUAUUCCAGUACCCGGCAUGGACUGGUAACCAGAGGAGAAUCCAUGGUUCACCAUACUAUGAAGCGUCCUAUCGUUUUUCCUCUCUCUAUCCUAACAGAAUCACAUUCAUGCAACAGUUUUACUGUUUUAAUUUGAGAUCUUUCAGUAAACUUGAAUCUCUUUUCUCACAUUAAUACUAUGUGAUACUUUUUUUAGAACAUGAAGUAUAUUUAAUGAAUAUCAAAUUCAUGUUAAAUGAAUUCGAGAAUUACUUUUACAUCCUAAAAUUGGGCAUAAAUCGUGAUUAGCAGUUCAUGUUCACGGUUAUACAAUGUGGAAAAUAAGUCUGCAUAUUUACAUUGCACCCAAAGGCUCAUUUCGGAUUUUCACCAAAUUCAAGUUUGUUUAACUUGGUUUUUUACUACACAGAAUAGGGUUUGCUUAUCCACACAUGAAUGAAAUAAGUUAUAAUAAAAAUUUUAUUUAAACAAAA